AUGGAACAGCUCUUUGUUUCUGAGCUGGUCCCUCCCAGAACGUAUGAGAUGAGGACUUCUAUUACUACUGCUGCUGCUUCAACAUCAACAGCUGGAGCAUCUACUAGUACUGCUGCCGCAGCAUCCUCUGACUCCACUACUGCUGCUACUUUAACACCAACAGCUGGAGCAUCUACCAGUACUGCUGCUGCUACCUCUGACUCUACUACUGCUGCUGCUGCUGCUGCUUCAACACCAACAGCUGGAGCAUCUACCAGUACUACUGCUGCUUCAACAUCAACAGCUGGAGCAUCUACCAGUACUACUGCUGCUUCAACAUCAACAGCUGGAGCAUCUACCAGUACUACUGCUGCUUCAACACCAACAGCUGGAGCAUCUACCAGUACUACUGCUGCUUCAACAUCAACAGCUGGGGCAUCUACCAGUACUACUGCUGCUUCAACAUCAACAGCUGGAGCAUCUACCAGUACUACUGCUGCUUCAACAUCAACAGCUGGGGCAUCUACCAGUGCUACUGCUGCUUCAACACCAACAGCUGGAGCAUCUACCAGUACUACUGCUGCUUCAACAUCAACAGCUGGGGCAUCUACCAGUACUACUGCUGCUUCAACAUCAACAGCUGGGGCAUCUACCAGUACUGCUGCUGCUGCCUCUGACUCUACUACUGCUGCUACUUCCACAACAACAGCUGGAGCAUCUUCCAGUGCUUCUACACCUGUUCAAACAGUAUCUACAUCUAGUGCAAUUACAGGCACCACAUCUACUACUGGUGCAACCUCUGAUUCUACUACAGCAGCUGCUACCGUGACCACCACAACUUCACCAGCUUCAACAUCUACCCAAGCAACCAGCCCUGCAAGUACAGUGACUGCAGCAGUAGUUCCUGUUACAACAACAACCUCUACUUCUACUACUACUACUACUAGUGUACCAACAACCACUGCAAGCACCACCAGAACACCAACCAGCACUGCUGCUACCACCACAACCACACGCUCCACCACAAUCACCACAGCAGCAAACUCCAGUGAAAUAAGCUGCAGGGCAAGACUACUAAUGGCUGUGUUUCUUGCCAUUAUUUCACAUGUACUGAGCUAUUAAAUUAAGCUAGGAUCAGGUAGGGUUGGACUAUAUGGGCAAAAUUCAAAUCAUAAUUUAUAUCUUAAUAUAAUCAUAAAACAUAUUACAAUAAAAAAGCUAAAGAAAUUGUCCAGUAUGCCCACAAAACAUGUCUGCACCUUCCAACUUAAAAAAAAAUGAUUGUGACAGAUGAUGCAAAUAAUAUAUAUUGGAUUAAUGUCAAUGUGUUCAAAUAUAAAUGCGAUUGAAACAUUUUUGAAACAAGCCCUAGGAUCUGGUAGUGAUAACAUGACCAAUUUUCCUGAUCUCACAAGUAUUAAGCUAAUAUAUGUAUUUAUUUAAAGCACUUUAUUAGUUUACAGUUUUAUUUAAACGACAGUAAUAAAUAUACAGUAUGUAGGCAUUUAAGCUCUAAUUUAUGGUCUUCUAUGUGUUACUUAAUGUUCUAAUUUACCUGAAUAUUUAUUCUAUUUAUUGAUGUAUUGAUUGUUCACAGUAAGCUGUUUAACUGAAUCUAAAGCAUACACUUUACAACAUGUGAAAAAAGGGUGAUACAAAGUAUUAUUAACUCAUGCCUUAAAAUAACCAUUGUUUUUAAGGGGUUGAAUAAGUCAGAUUAAAAGGUUUUUAAUGAUCUCCUUAAUAGUAUUGUUCUUCUUUAGAUUCGGAAUGAAAAUGGUUCUUUUAUGGCAUCACAUCACAAAUAAUCCUAUGUAUCAUCAUUACUUUUAAAAUGUACUCAUGGUUUAUACCUUUAAUUUAUUUGUCUUUCUUUCUAUUGUUUCAUAUGUAAUUAGAGUAUAGUUCUUUCAGAUGACGCAAAGUAUUA